GGCACGGUGGGAGAAGGAAAGGAAAGUAGAGAGCGGCCAUCAGGAUCCACUCUGAUGGCGCUCAGCCUGCUAACAAGAAUCUUUCUAACUCUGUGCACCGCAACCCUGCUGACGAUGCUGUAUGUCAGCCAGUCACGUGACGCUGUCAUCCUAGUUCAGCCCGAUCCACUCGAUGUCCAGGAUGAACUACGCGGCACUAAUCAGUGUCUGACAUUGGGUAAGCACUCUUGGAAAUACAAUGUAAAAUACGGGCGGCCAGGGCUGCUGAUAAACCCUUCAAAAGACUCUCACGUGUUGAGAGGGAGCACCACAGACAUCGUCAACAGGAUCUACAACAACAUGUGUCACGGUCACCAGACCCUGCCUAACGUACAAUUCACUUUCCCAGACGUACUGCUCAUUGUCGAAUUUACAGAACCUGCACACUACAAUGCCAUUCCCUACCUUGAACUUCUGUACAGGAGAUAUUUUCCUAAUAUUCUCUAUUGCGGUCUGGAACCUGAAACUCUCAAGAAACAGAUUGUGGCUAAGAAACUCUGGUUCCCUAUCUACUAUUUGUAUGCUCUGAAGGACAACUGGCAAACAAAGUACGAGUGUAUUCAGCAUGCCAUGAAAAUGUGUGACAGCUACAUCGGCUACCUGCUGAUCGGCGACGACACUCUCAUCAACAUGACGAACUUUGAAAGAACUCCGAAAAAUAAAGUGAUGGUGGGUGAUGAGUUUGUCAGAACCGGAGAACACAUGAACACCACUCAGUUCAAGUAUUCGUGGCCGUGGUGGGGUGCGGAAGGCGGGAGGAGUGCCUUGCUAGGUGUGCUUAACGAGCUCGCCUUUAAAGCGAACCGUGACAAUGAUCAUCUUGCACAAGAAUUCCUUCGAAAUUAUUAUUCCUUUGUCAACCACAGCACCAUCUUUCACUUUAUGCCGACCGACUUCCUGUACGUCCCCAAACGGCUGUCGUCCAUUUUCCUCUACAUGACGUCAUUGUUUCUGAAAUACAAGGCCAACGUGGAAGUGGCGAUUCCGUUUUUUGUGUGUGGUCUGGAACACCCAGGGGACGUGUACUUUGUUAGAAUGCUCAGUCUAUGGGGCAACGACAGAGAUAAUUCACAGAAACGUUUUGAUAAGGACCUCGUGUACCUGCACCCUUUUAAGUACUAUGCCAAUUUUAAGAGCACACCUCAAGGGAAGGACUUUAUCUGUCAGAAGUAUUUACGAAGUAAGUAAUUAUCGGCAUGCAUGACCAUUUCUUGGUUAACAUCUGUGAAACAACUAGUACUCAACGUCUAAGACUCUUAUCUCCCUUUUAUCUUUAUCUUUGCAUUUGACAAAGGGUAUCUGUGAUGAGCCGCGCUUACACCAUACAGCAGAAAAAAAGGAGUUUAAACCUGUGCAGAAAAUUGGGGGACUUGACGGGCCAGAUGGAAGCAAUCAAGAAUGAUCUCGAUGGCUGCCAAUCUGCGUGUACUUCUAAUCUUUCUGCCUCCGUUCCAAUAAUUAUUUCCCUUCACAGUCUAACACCUACGGGCUUUAAAGACCUCCUCCGACUGUUCCGAAUUUAAGUAGAUUCUGGUAAUAUAGCAGAAAUAUAUUCUGUAAGUUUCAGCGACUUUAACACAACAGUUUAUCUAUUAUCUAAUUUCAAGGUUGGCGAUUUGCACCCAUAGUCAGCAAGUCUUGCAAAAUCUCGCCCCUACCCGCGAAUAACGUGUGACGUCACAGUGGGUGGUGUCCACCCUGUCACUGUAGGCGUGUAAUGACCUAAAGGUGAAGGGUUACAUCAGGCUUGUCAGAUGAUCUUUAUUUAUUUUGCUCUAGUAGCGAAGACGAGUUUAAAAGGUUGUCUUCCGACAUUGAAAGUAUUAAAACUCACGUGUUUGAGUCUGAGUUUCACAAUACUCAGGUUAGAAUCACCAAAGACAAAAUCUUUAGGUAAGAAACGACAAAGAACGACUUCACAAUACCACGUGGUAAGCAACUAUGUUGUGCAUAUGUUCUGUCGUGUAGUGAAUCCUUUAUCAACCGAAUGAUAAAUUAGAAUAAAAAUUUAAAGUACCCACUUAAUCACCAUUGUUUUCUC